CAUUAACCAGAUAAACCAACAGAACAAUCUUCCGUACUCUGAUCCGUUGAAACAACAACGUUGUACGGUUUUCAACACCCUCCCCCUCACCCCUGCCCCCCAAAUAAAAAACCCAAGAACAACGUUGCACCGUUAAUGGAGAUCGGGAAAAUAGGUACGGUGGCGACGAUGAAGCUAGAAUCAAAAUUCGUGUCUUUCUCGCUGUUGUUACUCGUGACGCUGUCGAAUUUCGGACAUGGAUUUCCUGCACCUCCUAGUAUGUUCCUUCACCGCUUGUCCAAAAGCAACGACUUUUACUUGACAACGACGGCGCUCUGGUUCAAUCAGACCCUCGAUCACUUCUCUCCUCAUGACCACCGUCAGUUUGAGCAGCGGUACUAUGAAUUCUUGGACUACUUCCGAGUUCCAGACGGGCCGAUCUUUCUGACACUAUGCGGCGAGUAUACCUGCAAUGGCAUACCCAAUGAUUAUCUCAACGUUUUGGCAAAGAAGUUUGGAGCAGCUGUGGUUUCUCUUGAGCACCGUUACUAUGGAAAAAGCUCCCCUUUUAAAUCUAUGACGACCGAAAACUUGGGAUAUCUUUCAUCUAAACAGGCUCUUUUUGACUUGGCUGUUUUCCGUCAGUGGUAUCAGGAAUCCUUGAACCUAAAGUUCAAUAGAACUAGUGUUGGUGAGUCAGCUGGUCCUGAAUGCAAAGCUGCGCUGCAAGAAACUACUCAGCUUGUUGAACAGGGGCUUGCAUCAAAUAAUAAAGAACUGAAGACUUUGUUUGGAGCCACUAAGCUUAGCAUUGAUGGAGAUUUCCUGUUCUUUCUUGCUGAUGCUGCUGCCACUGCGUUUCAAUAUGGAAAUCCAGAUGUAUUAUGCAUCCCUCUUGUUGAAGCAAAGAAGGCUGGACAAGGUUUGCUGGCUGCCUAUGCUAAAUUUGUCAAAGAGUAUUACCUUGGAAGUUCUGGUGUUAGUGUUCAAACAUAUGACCAGAAACACUUGAAAGAAACUGCUGUUACUGAAGAUAGUGCCGAUCGCUUGUGGUGGUUCCAAGUUUGUACUGAAGUUGGCUUUUUUCAGGUUGCACCUGCAAAUGAUAGCAUUCGAUCUUCCAAAGUUGAUACAAGGUACCAUCUAGACCUUUGCAAGAAUGUCUUUGGAGAAGGCAUCUACCCACAUGUUGAUGAAACAAAUAUAUACUAUGGGGGAACAAAAAUUGCUGGUUCAAGAAUCAUUUUUACAAACGGAUCACAGGAUCCUUGGCGUCAUGCAUCCAAAAAGAUUUCAUCCCCAGAUGUGCCGUCCUACCUCAUCACUUGUCAUAAUUGUGGCCAUGGAACUGAUUUGCGAGGAUGCCCACAAGAUCCUGUAAACCCUGAAGGUGAUGAGCAGCACUGCAGUUCUCCUGAUGCAGUUCGCAAAGUCAGGCAACAAAUCAUAGAACAUAUUGACUUGUGGUUGUCUGAGUGCCAAGAGUCGGGUAGGAGUUACAUGUAAUAACAUUUCUGGCGCAGAUAAUGUCUGAACCCAUUAAUCUCAUGUAUGUAUCUCUCCACCUUCCCAAUAGAUGUUGUAAAGGUUCAUUGUGAAAGAUGUUACCUGAAUUAGUGUCAUCUUGGUACUGGACCCAAAUGUAUUACAAAUGAUAUAAUGGUAUUUGUCAAUUACAGGCAUGUCCUUGCUUUUUCCUUAACUGCUUAUUUUCCUGCCAUUUUAGAUUUUACUAUUUCUGUAAUAAAAAUAAUAUUGUUAU